CACUGACGUGCAGGGAAGCCCCGCUGCUGUAUGUAAUGCCAAAGCGGUGCUAACAUCGACUGUAAAACCCCACUGGAGCCGGAUUUAGAGCCAGAACACGGUUUUCCUCUGGUGCUGCCUAUGUCCACGUAUAAACUCUUCCUCCUGAGGCAUGGAGAGGGGGCCUGGAAUAAAGAGAACCGCUUUUGCAGUUGGGUGGACCAGAAGCUGAGUGAGAAUGGGGUGAAGGAGGCCCAGGACUGUGGGAAGCUCCUGAAGGAGCUGGGUUACAAGUUCGACACAGUGUUCACGUCACUUCUCAGCCGCUCAAUCCAGACGGCGUGGCUGGUGCUGGAAGCCAUGGGUCUGGAGUGGGUCCCCGUGGUGAAGUCCUGGCGACUGAACGAGCGCCACUAUGGUUCUCUCAUCGGUUUGAACCGAGCAGAGAUGGCGCUACAGCACGGUGAGGAAAAAGUCAAACUGUGGAGACGAAGCUAUGACAUAACUCCUCCACCCAUUGAAGAAUCGCACCCAUAUUUCCUGGAAAUCUACAACGAUCGCAGGUACACCACUUGCGAUGUCGCGCUGGAGGACCUGCCUCGAGCAGAGAGCUUGAAGGAGGUGUUGCAGCGCUUGCUGCCGUACUGGGAGAGUACUGUUGUGUCGGAGAUAAAGCAAGGCAAGACUGUGCUCAUUUCUGCACACGGAAACAGCUGCAGGGCCCUGCUGAAACACCUGGAAGGUAUUUCAGACGAGGAUAUAGCCAGUGUGACAUUGCCAACCGGCAUCCCAGUGCUGCUGGAGCUGGACCACAGCCUGCGACCAGUCAAACCUCGGGAGCUGUUGGGAGACCAGGUGAAGAUUCAAGCUGCUAUUAAAAAAGUGGAGGAUCAGGGAAAAGCGAAAGUGUCCACCUGAGCGGACGAAAGCCUAAAAGACUCAUCAUCAGUGUGUCGGAGCCAGUUUGAGCUCAGGUACAGGGAAGGUUUGCUUCACACUCUCAGUGUUUGUUGACUGUUUGUUGACUGUUGACCUUGUUGACUGUAAGCACAUGGGUGCUGGUUUUAAGCUAUUGUCUGUCUGUAGUGGUUAUUUAUUUAUUUUAUUUGGCUAAUAAUUGUGUUGUAGCUGACGAACCAUGGGCGAGGCUCUAAAACAAACUCGAUAAAAGGUACCUGCUUUUUUUUUUUCUUUUUAAUACAAAAAAGAUAGACUUGCGUCAACUGAUAUAAUUGUAUAUUUUCUAUUCAGAUAUCGGCUCUGAUUUGUGGAUCCUUUGCAACUGGACACUCUUAUUGAAGCGAGGAAUCGUUUAGUCUUGGUUUCAAGUGAGAAAUUAAGUAGUUUCAGUCAUUUGUUUUUACGAAAGACUUCUUGCAUUAUUAUGUUUUAUUCAACAGCGCAGUGUGUCUGGCUGUGUGACCUUUAUCAUUGGUGUUUUGACUCAAAAUCAAUUCAAAUUAUCUCCUUAAAGGCAGCAAUUUUGAAGGACAAUCCUCUGUUCGGAAAGAUCCUCUGCAAAGAAUAAUGUCUGUUGCCUUUAAUCUGUCGACCUUUUAUCCAUCAUCUGCAUUUGGGUUGGUUAGUUGUGUCCCUUGUGAGGUAGUGAGAAAUCCGACCUUAUUUCUAGCUACCUUGGAUAAAAAUGUCUGCUCAUUGUAAUGUAGUUUAAAGACAUCAAACCAUACACGCGCUGGUCUUGUUAACACACUCCUGGGUGGGUGAUACAUUUGUUGGCAAGGUAACAAAACUCCUAAAAAAAGCCUCAUCUGGAUGGACAUGUAGCAACAGUGGGUGUGUGAUGUCCAAAACACAACACUGCUUACGCUCCCAUAUUCAUGUUCACACUCCAUCAUUGAGUUCUAAGUGUACAUCACUUCCGUCAGUCCUGUUCAGCGUGAUAGUAUUGGAGAGGUUGAUUUGUGUGUUGUCACCUAUAUUUGAAGGACGAGCUGGCCAUCGUGUAUUUGUUGUCACUGAACAGCCAGCAGGGAGACUCCCAGUGAGGCUAUACAAGUGCAAUGAACCCUAAACUUACUGAUUCUAUUCUGCAAAUGAAAUGUUUACAUGACCCUGAGAGGUGAGUUUGGGCAGAUCCGUGCAGCAAAAGCCGAUUUCAAAUUCACUGUUCGUAAAGAUGUCCCAAGGCACUUCUUUUUUCUGCAUUUUACAAAGGUGAUCCAGUAGAAAAUAACCCAUAUAGUUUCGUUUUCCUGUAUAUGCAUAAGUGUAGUAGCUCACUUGGAUUUUUAUCUUAGAGUAACAUUCAAAUUUUAAUGUAAAAUAGAAAACACCACACACACACAUAUAUAUAUAUUAGUAUUUUAAAUACUGUUAUCACCUAUUUCAGGACCAAAUACUGUUUUAAAAUUUGUAUUUUGAAAUGAAAAAAAUAUUUUACAUUUUAACCUGCGUGUGAGCGUGUAAGGCACUUACAUGCUUCCAUCUGGGGGAACAGUGGUGGUAUUUGUGGAAGCCACAGGGGGCCACUGGCUCUGCUGACGAAAACUAAAAUAUUUUUUAAAAAAUGAAUCAAGAAAAUUGACAUAGCCCUGGCCUAUUUACACAUCAAAUACCAGGCUAUUCACAAUUGCUGCAGGGCCUCUCUCAAUAUUCGCUACCCCCCCUCGGGGGGCGUAUUUGAAAGACAGCUUUAUUUAUUAUUCGGCCUUGCAGGAUAUUAUUAUUCUAACAUGCAGGAUAUUUCUUCAUGAAUCAGUCCAGUGCUAGCUCGUUAUUCAAAUGACUGAACAGGUCUCUUUCAUUGAUUAAACUUCAGUUCAAAAUAAGGAAGCACCUGGAGCUUAUUUGCACAAAGUCUUAAGUGUGUUGAACACCAUUUAUUUUUUCAGCACCUCAGGUGCUCACCUUUCUUCUUGGAGACUAUGCCAGAGCUGAUCUUCACUUCCAUGUCAUUUAUCAUGUUGAUGGAUAAACGAUCAAUGCGAUAAACGAUAAACAACAUUGCUUCUUUAUGCAUCUUGACACUAGAAGCUGGAUUGGUGUCUAAACAAAUGUUCAUCAGAGUUGAGUCAGUGAAUUUUUUAACUCCCACUGCUGCAUCAAAAUGCAACGCUAACUUACCCCAAAUCUUUGUUUUGUAACUGGACUCUCUGAAAUGAACCCCAGCGCGACAAGGCUCUUGUUUGCAUAUUGAAUAUAUGUUGAGAUGUUGGUCCUUUCUAAUAAUUUACUGUAUAUUUAUUUUGGUUUUGGGAGAAACAUUCACACCAUAUUUGGCGUCAAUAUUUGGCGUCAUUAAACAUGCAGGUGAAUGUUUUUCAUGCUAACUGUUAUAAAAAAACAGUAAAAAAUGUUAAUGGCUGCACAAAAUGCUUUUAAAACAUUCGGUGAAAAGCAUUGAUAGUGUGAAUAGCUGCACUUCUGUCUUCCACGCACCUUCAUAAAUCAAUUGAUCAAUGUUUUCUCAUUUCUACACAGUUGCCUUCUCUGGUUUUGACCUAAAAUGAUUGCAACAUAUACACAAUAGGAUGGUGGUAUGUUCACCUUUAACCCUCAAACGUCAGCUUGAUUCUUACAGUUGGGAUUGAGUCAUGCUUUUAAGUUCCACAUUCUCUCUGAAAACCACUAAUAGCUUCAGAACGUUUUCAUUUGGCACCCAGGUACCUCUGUAUCGUCUGUUACGCCCUGCUCCUGCAGUCGGAUGUGAACUGUUGUCAGCUUGCUAGUUGUUAUUUAUUUCAUCUGAUAGUCUAUGUUGCUGUCACCAACACUGAUGUUGUACACUGUUUCAAAUGGAAUAAAAACUUAUCUUGGAUGUGUUGGGGAUGUGACGUCUACAUUGUGACUCUUUUAUCUUGUGUUCAUGACUUUGUGUUGGCAUUUUGUAAACUCCAGUCGAGUGUCUUCCCUAAUGUGUCUGUUUAUAGACAAAGACUGAAAUAAAAGUGUUAACAAAU